AGAGCGGAGUUUUCAGGAAGGCACCGCAGCACGCAUGGACGUUCUUUUUAAUUUUUUUUAAUUUAUUUAUUUUUUAAAUGAGUCUUUUUCUUUUCCAACGCACCCACGCAGCCUGCAGGCCACGCAGCCCCACCCGCGUGCUCCUCUUCUGCCCGACUCCCUCAGGAUAUUUUUAGCGCUUGGUGAUGUGCCCUGUCAAAUCACGUAACGGAAACAAACAGAAGAGAGAGGAAGAGAGAGAGAGAGGGGAGGAGAGGACAAAGCUGCUGAGGAGAGGCGGUUUAACUGAGAUCUGCACAGAAAAGAAGGUAGAGGAAGCCCGAUGAGAUGAGAUUUGAGAUUCAUUUGGUGUGCUUCUGGUUGCUGUUGGUUACCGGAUCGCCGCAGACUGGAGGUCAGAGCCAUGCUUUGCCUACUUCCUUUACCUCAACCCCGUUCCCUGCUCCCGCUGAGACCCCGGUGAACAAGUUUCCCCGGCAGACACAAUAUUCUGCAGGCAGGAAUGAAACUUCGGGUGACCUCCCAGCCCCUGCCGCCACCGCCGCCCCGACGGAAAGCAUAGUCCGAUCAGAGACAUCAGCAGAUGCAGGACACCCGCACGUCUCGAGUUCCACUAAAGCUACAUCUUGGUUCACAAAUGCACCCACUGUCACAACUCCAUCUCUCUCAGACGGCCUUUCAUCGGCACCGACCGCUGCGAGCUCCACCCGUCAGCAGGCCACCUCCCGUAGGUACUCCCCGACCGGCGAGGCCCACUCCACCUUUUCAUCUGGAGCCACGACCCCCACCUCUACCGCACACACACCAGCUCCUGGUUGGGUCCCUGUGGGGCCCACACACCGGGAGUUUCCGUCGGAGCUAAACAUCGGCGACGACGACUCGAAGGGGUCCCACCGACACUCCAGCUCUCCUCUGGACCCCCUGCUGGCCGGUCUGUUGUCAGUGUUCAUCGUUACCACAGCUGUGGUCUUCACUGUCCUCUUCUUCAAGUUCCACCAGCGGGCGAACCACCCUGAGUUCCACCGGCUGCAGGACCUUCCCAUGGACGAUUUGAUGGAGGACACGCCUCUCUCACGCUACGCCCACUGACAGAUUCUCCUCUCGACUCCGUCACUCGCACUGUGGAGAGAACAUGUGCCGAAAAAGAAGCAACCUUUUGGAUACGUGGAGAAGCAUACGUCUUCAAGAAGAUUGGUCCAAAUGACUGACUUCUCUGUUUAAGGCUCACUAUUGAAACGCUUAUUUUUGUCGUUUUUGGUUUGAAUCAUCAAAGGUUGUAGAGUCACCUAAUAUUUCUUCCACAUUCCCAUCCAAGUCCUGGAGACUUUUCAAUCUCACACAAAAAGUGCAAAUUCAAGGCACUUUCGCACAAAUAGCAGCACUUUCAACGUGACACGUAUUACACUGCCCUCUGGUGGACAUGUGAUAACUUAGGUCGAAAAAUCCAUCCAGGUUAAAUAAAAACCUCAGGUGAUUGUCGGUCUGAAUGAAGAUUUAGGGUUCUGACUGAGAAACAUCACUGGAGAUGAUUUAGGUGACCAAAUAUGAGUGAAGUGCACUUUCAAUCCAAACUGCUGCCUUAAAGCUGCAUGAGGUAAUACAGAAAGUUCACACGUAAAUUAUAUUUUUACUCUACAGUAUUUGAAAAACCAGAUGCACCAGUUACUUUUUUUCUUUUAAACUAAGAAAAAACAUUCAGUGGUUGAAAUCAGAAAUAUGUGGUGAAGUUUGGUAAACGUUGUGAAACGUCUCGGUAUCGUUUCAUGUCGGAGUAAGAAUCCUGAAGUUGGUGAUUGUUCCUUAAAUUGAAUGUGCCAAUGCACAUUACUUCCCAAGUAAAAGUGCUACAAUGAACACACAUAUGAAGUUAAAGUGAAACUGAAAGCUGUUGUGUGGGUCUGAGCGUCGGGUGUCUUGCAAAAGCAUUCCUAGCAUUUUGAACUUUUCCACGUUUCAUCAUGCUGUAACCACAAACGUCAGCAUAUUUUAAUGGGCUUUUAUAUCAAAGAGAAACAGAUUAGUGCAGAAUAGGAAAAAAAAAAUCCAAUCCAAUUGCCUUCAGUCAACUCACGAGUAAUGUAUUAUAAAACAAUAUAUAAAGCUUUGGAAAUCUCAUAAAAUACUGUUUGAUAGUUCAUCUGAAAAUUAAAAUAGCACAAGCAGUGUUACAACAAAUCCAAAGAGGCCUCUGACUCAAGACUGCUGGUAUCUGACAGUAUCAUGACAUGCUAACAGCUCAAGUUCCAGGGACAAUUUCCAUAGUAACGUACUGGAUGACAUCAUUAGUUGUUUAUAGCACUGCUAAUGCUAAUUGCCUCAUUUGCUUUUGCCUCUCCUCUUUAAAUCUUUUGAAAUUUGCUGGUCAGAUGAUGUUUUGGUGAGAUUGAGUGGAGAAAAAAAUGGUAAAACUUCCAUCUCUAUGCAAGCAAAACAGAUACAGAGUCCAAGACUGGUAGCUGAAGUAGGAUAUUAGAAAAUCUUGCGAAGAUGAUUAUUUUAAAUGUUGCAGUAUUAGAAUAUUUUGCGAUGGUAGUCAAUAUUGCAAUAUCAUCCACACAUGAAGCACGGAUUCUCCUAAUCCGUGCUUCAUGCGCUACACAAUCUUUAGCAUUUUUGGCAAUGUCUGGCUAAAUAUCACAUUUUUAUCAUUUGGAUUAAAAAAAAACUUCUUAAAAUAUGUUAGCCAAUAAUUAUUUCAUGCCAAUCUUUUAUGAUAUGAAUAUUGCGCACACUAUGAUAUUUUCGCGAUAUAUCAUGCAUCCCUAGCUAGAAGUUUAGGAAAAUGUAAUCCUGCAAAAUAUUCACUUUUGUAGGCUUAAUAAAUGCACGCCACACCUUUCAGAUUUUUACCUUGCUUGUAGUUGCAAGCCAACAGAAUGUGGAGAAAGUUCAAGGGCUUUGAAUUUUGCAAGAUUCUCUGCCCUGUCAGAGUUUUGCUUUACUCUCACUAAGGAUUUUAUGUGUUUAAAAUGUAAUAAUUUAAGUGCUAUGAAAGAUCACUUGUUUAGUAAUAAAAAACCCCCAUAAAAACA